ACAAAGAUUGCUUUUGUGAAUACAUAAUCAAUAAUCAGUUUGUUGUUCCAAUAUUAAAAAUUUUAUAUGUACAAGAAUAAAGACGUUCUUACUUAAUAUUUUUAGUACAUAUUAUAUAUAUCUUACCGUUGCGAAAAACUCCGUAAAAUCCGGUAAAAUCAUGGGUGAACGAGUAAGAGCUAUAAACAAAUAUUAUACUGAUAUCGAAUAUAAUUCUAUCAAUUUAGAACAAGUACUAACAAAAAUAGUUAAUUUAUCCAACGAAAUAAAAAAUAAGGGUAUUAAGAAUUUGUCAGAGAGAUUCUUUAAUACAGCGACUAUAAUAGAAGCAAACUUAUUUUAUUUUGUAUCUAUUUGUAAACAUGUAGAUGUAGUUACUGCAAUUGUUGAAUAUUUAAAAUAUUAUGGUGCCGAAUUUAUAUUAAAUCAAGACUACGACGAGGCAGAAUAUGCACAUAAGGAACAUUAUAUACCUAUGUCAUUAAUGCUUACAGUUUUCAGUAUGUGUGGAAAAAAAGAAAUAAUUUUAUUUUUGGAACGUGCUAUCAUAGACGAUUCAGCAUUGAUUAUGAGUGAAAUUUUUUUUUACUAUAUUAAGAUUAUAAUAAAUUCAAAUCAGAACAAUGACAUGAUACUUCUAGAAGAUUCAGACUUGUAUGCAGUUAUUAACUGUUUAAUGAUAAUAGAUGACUUUAAAUUAAAUAAAAUUUGGAUUCAAGAAUCUAUAAAACAAAAAUUUCUAAUGCUUUCACAAAAAUAUCUUAAUUGUUUAAAGUGUUCCAUUUAUACAUUUCGAUCACAGAAAGAAUUACUUACACUUAUUGGUACAUCUCAUGGUACCAUAAUGAACAUCAUAUCUAUAUGGUCAGAGAAUGUUGUAGCUGCAAAAAACUUAGCCUCGUGUUUAGAUAGAGAUAUCCUCUUCAUAAAUACACAUAUGGAUUUUAAUGGAGGCGUCCUGUUUGUGCCUUUUGCGAAAAUAAUUGACAAUUUAAUGGAUCAUAUAAUUAUGAAUAGUAUCGACAAAACAAAUUCACAUAUACAUGAUAUAGAACCAUGUUAUAAGAAUAUAAAAAUAGAUUCAGAAGAUUACCAAAAAAGUUCUGCAAUUUAUAAUCUGUUUUAUGAUGGCAUGUGGCAAAAACCUGUGGAAGGCAUAUAUUGGAAACAUAAUAACGAAAUAUUUGCACAUGCAACGAACGAGGAUAUUAGAAAAUGUGUUAAAUCAGCAGAGAAAGGAUUCGAAGUUUGGCAUGCUGUUUCCGUUGCUUCUAGAAUAGAAGUAUUAUUUGCACUUGUAGAAACAUUAGAAUACAAUGGUCAUUCUCUACUAUCAGCCUUAGUAUCAAGAUGUAUACAAUUCGUAAGUCUUUAUGAAAAUUCAAACGGACAUUGCGCUCGAGAUGAAAAAUCAGAAUUAAUAAUAACUCGCAAAUCAAAAGGUAUUAUUAUUCUUAAAGAGGAAAAUGAAAAUACUUUAUUUUUUCGAUUGACGCAAAGUUUACUUGCUGGAAAUUCUGUUAUUGUGAUAUUUAAUGAAAAUUUUUACAACAUAGCGCCAUAUUUUAAUAUCUUUGCAACAUCUAAUAUACCUCCUGGUGUUAUUAAUAUGCUAUCAAAUAAAAAAAUAACGGAUUUAGAAUCAAGAUUAUGUGGGACACAGUAUUCAACUUAUAUAAAACGAUUUUUCUCAGGAGGAAAUUUAAUUGAAAAAUGUACAAAAUCAUAUACACAACUUAGCUUACCCAAGCAAGUUGUACACCCUCUUAAAUGAUUUUUAUAUAAUAAUCUAAGCCAUAAUUUUUCGUUAAAGCAUAAAUGCAUGAAGCAUACAUAUAAAACCUAAAGACUGAUUUUAUUAUAAUUGCGUAAGACUGAUGAUUUUAUUUACAUAUUAAAAUCUUAGAAAAACAAUAAAAAGAAACAAUAUUUUUAUCAUUUAUUAUUCAG